AUCAAAAGACGAGGUAAGGCUGCCGCAAGCGUGAUGAAUAAGGUCGCAACCGCAUCUUAUACUCCUCGGAUCGACGCAACCUCGCUAGAUUUCAAAAAGGACCUUCUGGAAAAGGGGAAAUCCGGGCAAGUUUCUUUCAGCCCGAAACAAUCGACUCUGGACACCGUUCUUGAUCCGAAAAUGACUGUCAACUUAGUAUGGAAAUAGGCUUCCCAAUGAGGAGUCCCAUCUUCGCGGAGCUCACUGAUGUUGAAGAUCAGUCAUCCCGCCUGAGGUCCGUGACUGGCUCCUUCCAAGUCUAUAUCGCUUUGCUGCAGUGGAACCUCAAGAAUCUCAAAUCCUCGAGUGCACGAUCAACCAAUUUGCGAAGGCUGGCAUACCUCAAUCGUUUCAGCCAAGAACACCAGGAACAAAUGAAGUCCUGCAAGGACAAGACGUGCAUACAGGGUAACGUU